AUGGAAUAUUUGAUAAUUUGUCGUAUUUGCAAUGAAAGCAUCAACAUUAAUUUAAUGGAUAUUCAUAAUUAAACUUGUAGGCUUAAUGCUGAAUAAAGAAAGAAAUUGAUUUAACUAAACUUAUAAGUUGCUCGUUUGUGUGAAAAAGCUUAUAUGAAGAAACAUUAAAUUCAUUUGAGACAAGGAUUAAAAUUCAUGAAAGAAUUGAGACUGCGUAAAAAUGAAGGUAUUUAAUGUUGUGAAGAUACGAGACAGGUUUAUUAAGAAUAUAGAAUAUUAUUACUAUUGAUAAGUUAUGGGGAGAAAGUGGUGAAUCAAGAAUUAGAUGCUAAAUAUCAUUUGAUUACUCAAAAUGAGAUAAUGGCAGCUCAAAUGAGUAUAGAGGAUUAGAGUACUCUCGAUUUAAUUGAAUAAAUGAAUAGUUUGAUCAAUUAAAGGUUGGAUUAUUGUUUUAAAUUAAAGAUAUAAAAUUUUGGCAGCAUAUCAUUCAGAGUAAGUAAGUUUAGCAAGGAUAGCCCUAGUUCUGUUCGAGAUUCUCAUAGGUUGAAUUCCUUUUCGGAUUAUAUCAGUUUGAAUCUAACCGAAGAAACAAAUGAAUCAGAAAAAAGAACACGAUCAAGACCUUCUACUCCUGCCAGAUCAUCGGUGUCAAUCAUGGGGAAUCUAAAAAAGAGUGGAAAAAUAAGCUAGUUUCUUUAAAGAUAGUAGUCUGCUCAAACCAUUAAGAAUUAAGACGAAUCUGAGUAAGAUAAACUCAGUCAUUUUCAGACAAAGAAGAAAAGUUGUUUUGCAUAGACAGCAAGUUCUGAAAGCGAAUUAGACAUAAGCAUUGAAAAUUCAGAUUAAUAGAUGAAAACAAUUGACUCAACCGAAUAAAUCCUAUUUGAACAAGAUUGUUUUUUUGCCUCCUAAAAAGGGUAUUUUUCUGAUAGUGAAAUAAUUAAAUUGGAUGCUGAAAAUAGAAACUAGGAAAGGAACAUAUGUUUAAAAGAUUUUCAAUUCAUAAGAUAGAUAGGAUAAGGUGCCUAUGGUGGAGUAUUUUUGGUUAAAAGAAUAGCAACAGGCGAUCAUUAUGCAUUGAAAAUAAUAAACUGUUCGAAUCGACCAUUUGAAAGACUACUAACCUAAUUGAAACAAGAAAGGAAUAUAUUUGAAAUACUGACAGGUGAAUAUGUUGUCAAGGCAUUCUAUUCAUUUUAACAUUAAUCAUCUUUAUGUUUCGUAUAAGAAUAUAUGGUUGGUGGAGAUUUCGCUAAAAUAUUGAUGAUAGAAGGAGCAUUUGAUGAAAAUAUAGCUAGACAUUAUUUUGCUGAAAUUCUAUUAGCAUUAGAAUAUCUGCAUAGUAACAAUAUAGUUCAUAGAGAUUUAAAACCAGAAAAUAUUUUAUUGGAUUAGAAUGGCCAUAUUAAAUUGGCUGAUUUUGGGUUAAGUGAAUUAGGGUUCAAUAAAAUGAUGGUCAAAAGGAAAGCCAGUUAGAGAGAUAUCGUUAAAUAAGAUCUAUCUUCCUCUCCUGGAUAUAUAAUUCAAAGAGGCGCCUCAUUUAAAAAGUCUAGAUCUAAUAAUAGUCAAUAUGAUAAGGGAUCUGAAGAGGAGAGAAGAAGAAUUGUAGGAACUCCAGAUUAUAUUGCUCCUGAAAUAAUUAAGGGAGUUUCCUCAUCCAAUAAAACACUUGAUUAUUGGUCUCUAGGAGUAAUACUCUUUGAAUUUUUAGUUGGAAUUCCUCCUUUUAAUGAUGAAUCUGUAGACAAAAUAUUUUCUAAUAUUUUGGAAGGUAAGAUAGAGUGGCCAGAUAUUGGGGAUGAUCCAGAAUCUUAAAUUUCAGAAUGUGUUUACGAUCUAUUGAAAUAACUAUUGAAUCCUGAUUUCAAUUAAAGAAUUGGUCAUGAAUCAAUUGAAUAAAUCAAAAAGCAUCCAUUUUUGCAUUCAAUCAAUUGGAAUACGUUGAGGAAUAAACCAGGACCAAUUAUUCCAAGAAUUCCACAAGCACAACAAUAAUAAUUCGAAAAUGUUUAAGAGAAGCUUUAAAAAUUCCUUUAAAGAGGUGAAAAGAAACAUUCUUAAAUCGUCAAAAAGUUAUAAGAUGAAUUAGAGUAUUUAGAGAGAGUUGAUUUGUUGAUUGCCACAAAUGAAAAAGAAGUACUACAAAUAAAAUAGCAAUUCAACUUAUGA